UAAAUCAGCCAGCUUUAAAUCGUGAAGUAGCCUAGCAUACAGCAUCCACAUUUCCUGAAGCCCAGUCGCCAUGCUAGGGUCGGUGGUGUUGUUGUGGCUCUUUAUCCUCCUUCUAUUCUUCUUCAUCAGGGUCCGCCGACCUAAAAACUUCCCACCAGGACCCCGUCCCCUGCCCAUCCUCGGCAAUCUGCUACAGCUGGAUCCUGUCAACCCCCUCAAAGACCUGGAAAGGCUGAAGAGGCGCUAUGGUAACGUGUUCAGUCUGUACAUCGGCUCACGGCCUGCAGUGGUUCUGAAUGGCCUAGAGGUGGUUCGUGAGGCACUGGUGACACACGCAGCGGAAUAUGCUGGACGACCAACCCAUCUUCUGAUCAGCCACGUCUUCGAAGGCAAAGGGAUCGUCACGGCCAAUUAUGGCUCCAGCUGGAGGGACCACCGGCGCUUUGCUCUGACCACGCUGAGGAACUUUGGUCUUGGCAAACACUCCAUGGAAGAGCACAUCCUAGAGGAGGUGUCCCACAUCUGCACUGAGCUGGAGAGCAGUGCUGGCGGUUCGAUGGACCCUCAGCACCUGUUCCAUCUGGCUGCGUCUAACAUCAUCUGCUCCCUGAUUUUCAGAGAGAGGUUCGAAUACGACGACCCGGUCAUCCUCACCCUCAUCCAGAGGUUAGAGGAGUUGACCAAGGAAGCUCUCACACCUUGGGCCAUGCUCUAUGAAAUCAUACCGGUCUUGAGGCCCCUCCCUUUGCCCUUCAGGAACAUUUUCCAUAAAUUUAAUCAACUGAAAGAACAUAUCAAGAAGGUUGUGACCAAGCACAAAAGUUCAAGGGUCGCAGGAGAGCCCAGAGACCUCCUUGACUGCUACCUGGACCAGAUUGACAAGACAGCUGAUGGAGGCUCCACAUUUAAUCACACUCAGAUGGUGUCUCUACUACUUGAUCUGUUCCUUGCUGGGACAGACAAGACUUCCAACACCCUCCGCUCUGCCAUGCUACACCUGAUGACCAACCAACAUGUACAGGAUCGCUGUCACAGAGAGAUCGCCGAUGUUCUUGAGGGACGUGCAGACGCUUCGUUUGAGGACAGACAUGCCAUGCCGUAUGUUCAAGCCACGAUCCACGAGGCACAGCGCAUGAGUGACACCGUUCCUCUUAGCGUGUUCCAUACUACCUGCAGCGACACGCAACUAUAUAGCUACCAGCUGCCCCAUGGCACGAUGGUGAUUCCUAACCUGUCUUCGGUGCUGCAUGAAGAGGGCCAGUGGAAAUUCCCUGAGAACUUCCUCAACGAGGUCGGAGAGUUUGUGAAACCAGAAGCCUUUCUGCCAUUCUCAGCAGGACCUCGUGUGUGUCUGGGGGAGGGAUUAGCGCGAAUGGAGCUCUUCCUGGUUCUAGUGACAUUGCUUCGGCGUUUCCGAUUCGUCUGGCCUGAGGAUGGAGUUGUCCCAGAUUUCAGCUUCAUCUUUGGUGGGAUACAGUCUCAAAAGCCCUGCCGCCUGGGAGUGCGCCUGAGGAGCAGCGAGAGAGGGUGA